AUGGAUGGAAACUUCAAAGCCGAGCAUCUCCAUGCAGUAAAUCCCGGCGACGAGGUAUCUCUGAUGGACGGCCGUGGGUUUAUGGUAGGAGACGCCUUGUACAAGGAGCAUUUGGCCGUUGCACAAGACACCAUGCAACGAUGGGAAUGCAACAACCACCGCGCGGUGAAUCAGGCGAAUGCAUCGCAUCAAAGAUUGGAAGCAACCGGCAUCGGCGGUUGUGCCUGUGCACGGCAUGGCUGUUUUGUUCCUCACGCCAUGGUCGAUUUUCAGAAGGGAGAAAGACAGAUGAACAUGGAUUAUGCACUGUGCCAGGCGUUGAAAAUCAACGCCAAUGGAAUCCGCCGUGUGUUGACAUUUUAUGAUGUCAACUGUCAGUACCACAAGCGUCUAAGGGACCGCAUCGCCGACAGUCCAAUCAUGGAGAUCCCUAAAGAAAUGAAGAUUAUCCCUGGCAUUGGACUGUGGCAUGUUCAUGGCCAUCAAGACAGUUGCUAUGUGAGAUAUGCAUCAAAUUUCAUCAAGGGCGCCGGGCGGAUUGAUGGCGAAAUCAUGGAGACAUUAUGGGCGCCGUUGAAUAUCAUUUCGCCGGCCGCCCGUGGAAUGGGAACUCCGCAUUGCAAGGAAUGCUUGGACUAUCAAAUGAAUGAUUGCAAUUUCAUGAAAAUGAUCAGAAUGAGCAAGUCGCUGUGCAAGAAGUACAACAAGGCGGUCAGGGGGACCGCCGACAGUAAACUGGCGUUUGAAAUGCUUGAUGAGACGGCCGAUCCGGUGAAAGUCCGGGAAUGGGAAGCCCAAGAGAGAGCGGCGCACCAGCGGCCCCGCCGUGACCCAACGGCAAUGGAUAUUUAUGAAGUACAACUACAGAAAGCGCCGACGAGAAAGCAGCAGGAAAUACGAUUAUUAGCGGAACAAGGGCAGCGUCCAGGUCCUAUCCGGCAACGAGGGGCUGCGACAUGGCUGGCAGAGGGAUUGACAAUUGAGGAGGCACAGGUCACAUUGCAAAUGGCUAUUAGAAGACUCGGUGGUCGGCCGACAGACACGCAGCAGUUGCGUAUUGCCCGUGGCCGAGACAUUUUACAAAGGGAUAUAGACCGUUGGAGACAAGCCGGACUUGCGUUUCUCGGCGACAGCAUCGGCGACGCGCCCGGCGAUGGUGAAGAAUGUAACAUGGACCUGGACCUCAUCAUGCUUGAAGAAGGAUCAGAUGCCGGAAUAGAAAAUCAGCCAAGCUCCUAUCACCCAGAGAUGACAGUAAUUCCCCUGCCAUCUAACUUAGGCCGGGAUACAUGUACAGCCAUCGGCAUCGAUGAUUUGGUCAAGCAAGAGCUUAUUCUCCGGCAAGGCCAGGCCAAUGAUGCUCUUCAAAAUAUCAGAGUGCAUUUGGCUGACAAAGCGGUCAUUUUUAGGAAGACUGUCAGGGUUGCUAAAUCUCAAGCAACUUCUACCCGAGCUUGGGCUCAAGUGCACUCGGUGGAUAGGGCGGUCAGCAUCCAGGCCAGCAUCUAUUCACAAUGCUGCAAACAACUUUGCAAACUCGGCGCCAAUGAUACGUUGCUCCGGCGAUAUCAGGCGCUAGUCAAAGAGCAACUGAAGGAGAUUCCGAGAGCAGACUGGUUAAAUGAAUUUUACCGUGUACAUUGGCUUCGGGCGAAGGCUUUAAAGGAUCGUUGGGUGGAGGAGAUGUUGCUUGUGCGGCAUGAAAUGGACUGGACUUGCAACUUCUUUCUUCACAAGGCUGUGGAGUGGAAACGCCUUGGCACCGUCGCGAAGGAAGACAACAAACAAGGUUCAAUGGCUUACGCAGGGAGGCAGGAAAAAAUCUAUGAAAGUUUGUUGGAGGAGGCUAGGCAGGCAUUUCACCGGAUGAAAGCUUAA